AUGUCGUGUCAUCAACACAUUCCCAGAGACCAAGAUGGGAUCCCCGGCUCGCCUCUCACCACCAAAAGCCGUGUCCUGGAAGGCGGCGCCAGCAUGGUCCAAGAUUUCACACCUGUCAAACAGAUCUGCGCCCAUCUAAAUGCAUUUCACAUUUAUGCGUCGGAUCCGACAAGAGCCGUGGAAGCGAAUCAUUAUUGUACUCAUGUUACAGAAGACCUCAGGCAGUGUCUGAUAUACGAUUCCACCAAGCCUAAUGCCCGAUUGAUCGGCGUCGAGUACAUGAUUUCGCCGCGCUUAUUCGAGACCCUCCCGUCCGAGGAACGCAAAUUAUGGCACACCCAUGAGUUUGAGGUCAAAAGCGGCAUGCUAAUUAUGCCUGCUCCCGCCGGAGUGCCGAAGCCUGCCUGGGAGGCAGCGGAAACAUCAGAGAUGAGGGACAUCAUUCCGCUGUACGGAAAAACGUAUCAUUUUUGGCAGGUGGACAGGGGCGAUCCACUUCCCUUGGGAGCUCCACAGCUCAUGGCUAGCUUCACAUCUGAAGACAAAGUCAAGCUCGCUCAUCCGAAGGGUCUUGAUGGGCUACUUGCGGAGAGGGACGAGGCGUUCGGGGUUGACUACAAGGCCAAGGCGGAGAAGAGGAAGGAUAUCGAGCCGCCCAACCUGAGUCCUGAUGCCGACGCCAUGGUGUAG